AUGGAGCCUGGGAGUGCUACGUCUAAGGGUACUGAGCCAGAGGGUGCUGCGACUGAGCGUGCUACACCUGGAGGCGCUCUCUCCUCACAGCAGCUGCGUGAGUGGUACUUACAGUACUGCAGCCUCAGGAGAGGUGCUUCUGGAGCUAGGGGUGCUGCUGGAGCUGGUGCUCGUGGUUCCCCUCCUAGGCGGGAGCUGCCCUCUCCCCAGCGGCUCCGAGAGUGGUACGCUCGGCGCUGCAGUCUCCGGAGUGGCGCUACUAGUGUCGUGGACCCUGGAGCUGGAGCUGCUGCUGGUACUGGUGCUGCUGGUGCUGGAGCUACUGGAGGUGCUGCUGCUGCUGGCGGUGCUGCUGGCGCUGCUGGAGGUGCUGCUGGUGCUGGUGCUGCUGGAGCUGCUGGAGGUGCUGCUGCUGCUGGCGGUGCUGCUGGCGCUGCUGGAGGUGCUGCUGGUGCAGGUGCUGCUGGAGCUGCUGGAGGUGCUGCUGCUGCUGGUAGUGCUGCUGGCGCUGCUGAAGGUGCUGCUGGUGCAGGUGCUGCUGGAGCUGCUGGAGGCACUACUACUGCUGGCGGUGCUGCUGGAGCUGCUGGAGGUGCUGCUGGUGCUGCUCCUGCUGGAGGUGCUGCUGGUGCUGGUACUGCUAGAGCUGCUGGAGGUGCUGCUGGUGCUGGAGCUACUGGUGGUGCUGCUGGUGCUGGAGCUGCUGGAGCAGCUGGUCCUGGAGGUGCUCGUACUGGAGGUACUGGAGCUGCUGGGACUGGAGCUGCUGAGGGAGUUGGAGCUGGAGGUGCUGAGCGGCCGCGGUUUGGAGGACAGGGGGAGGUUCCAGGAAGCAGCCGCCUCGGAGCCGGCAGCUUCACCUGCCAGCAGCUUCUCCUCAUAUAG